CGUAGAACUCGAUAUCACCGGCGAGGUCACACCCGCGACCCACACCCAGAACCAACACAUACGCCCGCACAGAAGAAAGGCAAAGCAAGGGCGCCGUCCAUCGCAUACUUCCACUAUCCCCUGGAUGCCACUCUUAUUCCCCUCCAGCUUCUUCGGGCUCGCCCGAAAGAGGGGCCCUACUUCUUGUCCCCCUCCGAAGUUUGUCGUUCAUUUAGUGCAACGGCCAUUGAAAACUUGAGGGUCACUCAGACGCGGUGUAGACAACAUAGUCUCUUGGGUCUACGCAUACGCGUUGCAGGUCUUCAAGGUUCCGAUUGAAGUCUGCCUCAGGCCUGAUAGAAGAGCAGGAGAGUGCGGUGCAUGUCUCAGUGAACACAUCCUUUAGGUUUGCUUGCAAAGAAAGAGGGGAGUGAGUGGUCGGAGAGCAGUUUGAGGUUGGGAGAGACGGAAGUGUGGCCAGUGAGAUGCAACCGAGGAGUGGGGGUGGAGAAAGACGUUGAGUGAAGAGGAGCGGGGGCUUGCGAGGGAGACGAUAUAAUGUUGGCAGUGUUGCAGAGGCAGCAGGAGCGGCAGUUCGUGGGGGGAGGAAGAGAGUCGCCGUUUAUGAGCGGUGGAGCGGGGGGACUGGCAUCGCUGGACGGGGGAGGUUCGUCGUCGCUGUCGUUGUAUGAAUCGAUGGUAGACUACGUGCCUAUGUCUCAGCAUGUGCAGGCGCAGCAUGCAAUGCGGCGGCUGAACUCGUUCUCGCCCGCGGCGAUGCACGAUGCGGAGGCGCCUGUAGAUGGCGCGUCGGGUGGGGUGUACCAGAGGAGCCACAGCUUCGGGGGUGGGGGGAGCGCGGGGUUGCACGCAUUCAACAAUUUCUUUUCGAGCCCGCCGAGCUCGCCGGUGUCGAGGGGUGAGUUUUCGGGAUUUUCGAUGGCGGACGAGGAGUCGUUGAUUGAGGCGGGGAGCGGGAAGGGGGGCUUCUUUGAGGAGGCGGGGAAGGGAGCGGGUCGAGCGGACCUGCGAGGGCUGAGCUUGGGACCGGCGUCGCCGCUGGGGGCCGGGGGGUCAUCGAUGGGGUCACCGACAUUUUCCGAUGCGCUGUUCAACAAGUUUCUGCCGUCGAACAACGAGGACGAGGAGGCGUGGCCGGUGGUGGACAUGUACGGGUGCGAUCAGUUCCGGAUGUUUGAAUUCAAGGUGAGGCGAUGCAUGAGGGGGAGGAGCCACGAUUGGACGGAAUGCCCGUUCGCCCACCCGGGCGAGAAAGCUAGGCGUCGCGAUCCGCGGCGGUACCACUACUCGGGGACGGCGUGUCCGGACUUUCGGAAGGGGAGCUGUCGGAGAGGCGAUGCGUGCGAGUUCGCGCACGGAGUGUUCGAGUGCUGGCUGCAUCCGGCUCGGUACCGGACGCAGCCGUGCAAGGACGGGCGGAACUGCCGUCGUCGGGUGUGUUUUUUCGCGCACACGCCGGAGCAACUGCGGUUGCUGCCCGCGGCGGCACAGGCAGCGACGACGGGAGGUCGGAGCGGAGGGGGUUACGACGGGUCGCCGCGAGCUGGUGCAGCGGCGAGCUACGAUGGGGCGUUCGGGUACGAGAGCUUAUCUUACGACGGAGCAUCGGGAGUUCACGGUCUGAGCCACUUGUCGGGGUACUCGAGCUCGGCCCACUCGGGUGCAGGGUGUGUGGCGUCGCAGAAUUCGUCGCCCAGGUCGACGCUGGUCGGGCACGCGCAGUACCCGCCGCCGCUGAGCCCUCCGCUGUCUCCGUCGGGGUCGCCUCCGCCGUCGCCUGGGUCGGCUGAGGAAUGGGGGGCGAAUGCGGGGUCAUUUGCGAGCGGGUCGAUGUCAGGAGCACAAUCUGGGAUGUCGCUGCAGGCGACGCUGCAGCAAGCGGCGCAGGCUCGGGGGCUGGGCGGACACGGGCAGACGUCGGCGGUGCCGGCACAUCGGCGGCAUUUGGAUCGUUUGAACUCGAUGCCAACGCUGUCGAUACCGAGCGCGGGAGAGCAUCGGGGGCUGCACUCGGGGAUGCAUCCGGGGUCGGCACCGACGUCGCCAGCGGGAGUGCCGCAGAAGUCGAUGAUGGAGCUGAUCGCGACGCUGCAGCAGUUGGAGAUUCGGGGUGCACCUCCGGCAUCGGCUGCGCAGUGGCUGCAGCAGCAGUACACGACGGGGCCGUCGCCGCUGCGUCGGUGCUCGCAGAGCGUGCCCGGGACGCCGACGAAGGUGUCGGGACGGUGGGAUCAGAAGGAGCGGUGGGAGGUGGAAGAGAACGAGGACGGGGAGCCGGCGGUGCAGCGGGUGGAGAGUGGGCGGGAUCUGCGGGCGAAGAUAUACGGGCGAUUGAGCCGGAGUUCGUUGAACGAGGCGGGGAGCGGCGUGGGGGACUCUCCGGACCUGGACUGGGUGAACGACCUGGUGGAGGAGGAGCCGGAGCAUUCGGCGGGGUGGUGAGGGUGGGGCGGAGGUGGUUUCCGCGGAGGCGCUGGGUUGGGGGCAGGACUGCCAGGCGCACUGGCAGGGUGUAGCGGCAUGCGGUGAUGAAUGCGAGGUGGGGCAUGAGGGAGUGGAGCGGGGAGGGAGUGGGAUUGGCGGAGUUGUCUAUGGAUGCGGAAGUUGGUAGAGGAGGAGGAGGUGGGAGAUAGUGGUGGUGACCGUACGGAUGCGGCUCGGAGAGGCCCUGGUUACGGCGAGAAUAAUGUGGCGUGGAUGCAAGUGGUGUGGAAGAGCUGGUGGCAGGUUGUGUGGAGGAGUGUGAAGGAUCGGAGGUGCGAGGGAGGGGAAAGAGGAUGCGUAUGGGGUGCUGAGGUGGCGCAAUUCGUGUGUGGGAGGAGCGCGGAGCGAUGGUGGGUGGCUGUGGGUGUGAGUAGGAGCGGUACGGUAUUGGAAUUUGGGGCGGGGAGGUGGGAUUGUUGAGUACUUUAGGGGGCGUGCGUGGGGCGGGGGAGGGUGGCAAACGACCAUCCGAAGCCAACGCAGUGGGUUUGUUGAUGAUGUAUACAUAUUCCGAAAUAUUGGAGUGCGUACCUGAGGAGCAGGCGGUGCGGAGGUAGGAGAUUGAAGUAGCGAAGUCAAUUAUUAUUCUGCUCGGUUUUGGCCGCCCCUAAAGGAGCUGGGAGAGGACACGAGACGGGGCGAUACUCAUUUUUUUGGAUUUUUCACGCAAUUUGUGAUUGUAGCUAGCCAGGCUUUUGCUGAUUUACCAAAAGCAGGAUUGUAGUGGUAGAGACGGAGGAGCAUGCAUGUGGAUAACUUUUGUGUACAUGCCAAUGGACUUGAGAUAAUGACGUUAUGAAAACCUGGGAGGUCUUGGAGGGAAGUAGACCUGAGUGGCAGAGGGAGAGUCUAGUCUAGUCACACGACAGAUCGACCUGUCUCAAUUCGAUUGGGAAAGACAAUGCGUCGGUCUCCACGCCUGGAAGGAAAACUGUACAUUCAUUCGUGAUGUCACGAUGACGAUGGCUUUUGUAAUAUACGUUUCUCUGCUCUGCGAAUUGGUUU